UCUCUCUUCCUAGAUAAUAAUAACUCUAUGCUCUCUCCCCUGUCCACUUCACAACGAAACCGAUGGAUGACAUCUGGAACGACAUCGGUAGCCUCCAAUCUCCGACCACCAAUUUCUUUCCUCCGGUACACCGGCCGCCGGUAGACGCCACCACCUUCCUCCCUCCGUCACCCUCCACCCCCACCAUGUUAACCCUCCUCACCCCUACUAACUCCGCCCAUGAAGAUCCCAACAAGAGACCAAAACCUAACCCACCACCACCACCCCCGGCCACUUCUCCGCCCGUACACUCUGAAAAGUUCCGGCGACUGAUGAAGAACCGAGAGUCAGCCGCUCGAUCACGAGCCAGAAAACAGGCUCGUGCAUAUCAGUUGGAGCAAGAAGUAACGCGAUUAGCAAAGGAAAAUGCUAAGCUCAAAAGGCUGCAAAAAGAAUUGCAGGCAAAUGUUUCCGAAGUUCCAAAAGAAUCUAGACUUCACAAAAGCAAAAGUGCCCCAUUUUGAGAAGUGCUUCUUCUAAAGAUUUGGGUAGCUUUUUAGGGGUAGUAUAAGGAAAUGACUGUUUUGGCCUUUGGGUCUGUGGUUGAUGUAUAUGGAGACAUGUAUGUCCAUAUUUGGUACUUUUACUAUGUUUCUCCUAUCCAUAAUGGACUAUGUAUAAUUACCUAUUUUGCUUUUUCACCCUUCAACUAUGAGGA